AUGUGUCGUAAAGCAAUGGAUUUAAAGCCUAAACACCACUUUAAAUCCGAACUCCGCAGAAUCGUGGGUCCCAGGCUUGGUUUGAGGCUGCUCCGUGUCGCCGUGGAGCAGGAUACGGGCCUUACGCACUGGAGAAGCAGCCUCUUGGUCAACUCAACCGCGCUCAAAAAAUACCUCUACAAAGCCAAGAAGCGGGCGCAUUUGGCAAAACUGGCCAAACAUGUGAGCGAGGGCGAGAACAUGGAGGAAAUGCCAUCGCUUCCCUACAGACAUGCAGCAAACAACGAGAUUUCGACGCACAAUACGGCGCGCUGUGGUAGAAUCCAGACCAUCGUGCGUAAUGGUCCGUGUGUGACCCGCGGCGGAACUAUGACUGAAAAUGCCAAAAAGCGUCUCGUCCUCUAUAGGGGGCGCCACUGA